AAGACAAAGGAUAUUACAUGAGAAUUCUUCACUGAGUGAGUCGCGAUUUCGGAGAAAAAGAUCUGGAAAAUUUUCUGCUCCUAGCUAUGAACUCGAAAUAAAGUGGUUUAUUUCAAUGGAAGAAAUGAGUUUGUUAUCUAAUUCAAGAGUUGGGAGUGAUGAUCGAGGUCGAUUACAAAACCAAAAAAAUCUAGAUGAACUGAAAGGCAUGGUUCGUAAUUUACGGCAAACAAUGAGUCGUAGUCUAGAGGAUAAACAUUCAUCCAAGAACACAUCUAAAUUAAUCAGUCUAAGUAAAUUAGAAGGUAAACUUGUUUUGGAAACACCGCAACUCAUAUUACCAAUCGCUGACAAAAGCGGUCGUAUUCAUAAUAUCCUUCUAUCAACUGAAAGAGAACGAACACACUGGCGGUCUGCUUUAGAACAAGUGUUAGAUAAACCGCCUCAUAAUAGUGAUAAAUUUUAUUCUUUAAGACGUACUACUCCAGAAAAAAUAAGUACGGAUUAUUUUCAUUCACCAUCGCGAAGCCGUAGUUCUUCGAUUGGAGAUUUUAGCGAACGCCUAAAGAAAUAUAAACACAUGGUUAAAUUAAACGGAGUUGGUCUCUCAAUAAUUGACAAAGAUGAACCGAUAACUGGUUAUAUCAAAGCUACAGUACAUGGAAUUGAUGGAUUGAAUGAGAAAAACAGUUAUCAUGUUCGUAUUGAAGUUGAUUCAUAUGGUCAAUAUGAAGAAGUAGCCUGUACACGUGUUUUACAACAAUGUAAUCCACAAUGGGAACAGUCAUUUGAUUUAGAGGUGGAUGGUGCAUGGACGAUAUGUUUUACAUUAUACAUUCAUCAAGAAAUGUUUGCAGAAUUAGACGUUCCUUUAGAUCUAGAAUUACUUAAAACCAAUUCACGAAUAGAUAUGAAGAUAUUAACGAAUGAAAAUCCUCCACGUAGUCUAACCUUCUCCGUAUCUUUGGAAUAUGUUGAUCAAGUAAAUCUUAAUAAAAAUAGACGGUCUGAAAUACGUGGGAAUCUAUUCGGACGUCAUUUAGCAGAGCUUAUAAGGGUUCCAAACGACAUCGAUAAGAAUGAGUGUACAAAAAAGCAUAAAUCUGAAGCUUUUAUACCCCGUUUUGUAAUCGCAUGUGUCGAAGAGAUUGAAAGGCGAGGUUUAUUAGUAGUUGGACUCUAUCGAUUAUGUGGUUCCAAUGAUAAUAUCAAAGCUUUAAAAAGUGAAUUUGAUGAAAGUUGUACUUUAGCUAUUCAAAGAUUACCGCUUGUUGAAUUACCGGUGAUUACUAGCUUAUUAAAACAGUUCUUUCAACAUUUACCAGAGAGUCUGGUUGAUUACACAGCUACUAUAGCUUUACUUCAAGCAGUUGAAAUUCCUGAUGAAUCCGUUCGUUGUCAACUCAUUGAAGACAUCCUUGUCGAUCUUCCCACCCCAAACCUGGAAACAUUCAAUUACUUAGCCAAUCAUUUAGUCACGGUAAGUAAUUAUAAAGCGCAAAAUAAAAUGGAUUUAGGCAAUCUUUCGUUAAUAUGGAGUUACACCUUGUUUGAAUGUUCAUCUAAAACCAUACCGUCUACUGAAAUGAAUGAACAAACUAAAAGCGGAUCUUCAUUGAAAUCAAACACAGCUGAAAUUCAAGCAGCUUUUAGUUUUCAACAGGCAAAAGUAUUAAACUGCAUCCUGACAUCAAUGAAAUCCGGAAAACUGACAAUACCAUCUCAUAGCAAUGUAAUUAGACCAGUAUAUUCAUAAAUUAUAAUAAACUUGAUCCUUUUUUAUCUACAAAGUUGAAUGUAUUUUUUAUUGUUCGUUUCAAUAUUUUUAUUUUGCUCAUAAAUAGGAAUCACAAGAGUUUUGAUACUUCUGCC